AUGGCUAAAGCUAAAGAUUCAAACAGUGAAAGUGAAACAAGAAACCCUCCUCGUGUCCACAAAUCCAGGCACGCCGUAGCUGCCCAAAUGCAAGCCCAACAAGAAUACCUUUCCAAGCACAUAAAUUCCAAUGGUCCUAAAGACAAGCCCAAAAUAGAUCCCUUGGAUUUUGAUACCUUACCCAUCCAAUCCCUCAAUAAUUACUCCCGAUUCUACAAUUUGAACCAGCACGCCGUACUGGUCCAUGCUGAUAUUCUUUAUAGCGAGAUAGGGAAGAAGACUUCAAGUUACAAAAAGAAUUUAUCCAAAGUAUCGAAAAUCGACAAAGUAGAGUUAUCAUCCAACGUUAAGAAGCAUUUCACCAACCUUCCGGUCAAAGAGAACGAAAUCCUCACCAACUUCUUGUACAAGGUGAAGAACGACAACAAAGCAUUCAAAUUGAACUUCAAGUAA